GGCGGAAUCCACGGACGUGGACGCGCUUCGCGACUGGUACACUCUACGCGUACCGUCGAGGCCUGUCACCUCGGCUCGAGGCGGCUCAUGACCGAUGAGGGGAAGGCAUUCAAGCCUUGAGGAUUUGACGCGACUGCAUCUUUCACAUUCGGGUUUAAGAUGCGUGAAAAUUACUCCCGGGGCCAUACAGGAGGCAUAGAUUGCUUAUUGCCAUGCAGGUGACACGAGAACCUGCCAACCUGGACUCUGUCGACGCGGGACAGGGAGACCGCAAUUCCGACGAGGCAGGCCAUGCUCAAACUCCGAACGGCUUCAGCGAACCCAACGGAUUCACUGCCACUGCGGGCGACAAUGACAGGAAACGACGAGACAAGCCAAAACAGAAGCGCAACAAACCGACUUUAUCGUGUCUCGAAUGUGUAGAACGCAAGACGAAAUGCGACAGAGCGCGGCCGUGUUUGGCAUGUGUCAAGAGGCAGAGCGCGUGCGAGUACACGGCCGUGGCCAACCUCAUCGCGUCGUCCGAUCGUAAGAAUAGCCAUCCGAGUAGCAAAGCUCGCUAUAUCAAGCCUCCUAUCAAGGUGCGGCGGACCAGUCUCGCACAAUCACCAUUGUCCAUCCGCGCUUCGCCGACCGUGACCGACAAUGGAUGGUCAUCUCUCGAUGGCAGCACUCAUCGCCGACAGCAUUCACAAAACAGUUCGCCAAUCCUGUUUUCCAACGUCCCAAUCUCGCAGCAAAGUGCUCCCAGCAAUGUCUUUGGUGUUGGUUCGCAACAUCCGUUUGCCAACUACUGGACUUGCCAAGGAGGAUUGCCAGAGGUAGUCACAGUGCUCCCCAACAAGGACCAGGCGGAUAUACUAGUCUCAAAGUAUUUUGAAAUUAUCGAUAGUGUGUACCCCUUCAUUCACAGGAGGACAUUCUACUCAGAUUACGAGCUUUUCUGGGCACUUGAAGACAAAGGCAAAGCAGAUGCGUCCCUAGUAGCCUUGCACUACGCCGUAUAUGCCCUAGGUACGCAGUUCAUGCAGUUCACUCCGCUGGAAGAGCGAUCGCAGACUGCCGAGUUCUACUGUUCCGCUGCAAACCAGGCAUUGAGGGUGUAUUCAUACCUGAAUCGCACCUCGAUGCGGGCCAUACAGGCCAUGCUACUCAUGUCAUAUUUCCUCAUGAACGACAAUCACGCCAGCGACGCGUAUGCCUGGGCAGGCAUUCAUUUACGACAAUCUUAUGCAAUGCGGUUGCAUCGAGAUCCAGAUAUCGUAGUUCCAGAGGCUUCGACUUUAGAGAAGCAGCAGCGGCGGAAACUCUGGCAAGCGGUAUUCUUCCACGACACGUUUCUGACGAUAUUGCUCAAGCUUCCUCCGACCGCGACACAUAGCGAUGUGCCAGUGGAGUCCUUGUCUGAUGAGAAUGAGCUGAGCGAUGAUGGCAUCGAUGUGUGCGUAGGUACGCAUUCGCGCAUCGAAAACCUAAUGAGCAUCAACGUGAUUGCGCCUCAGAUCCCUCAAACGCUACCCCCACCACAGCCUCAUCACACCAUCGACCAGACGACUAUGAAAGCCGACAUUGCCUAUAUGCGGAGCAUGUGGCAUCUGGGAAACCUGGCCCAGGAGUGUCUGUCUUCUCCUCUCGCGUUGUCAUUACCAGUGGCAAACAGCGUGCGGCAUAAAGAGUCUCUCGUCGCGGCAUUCCGAAGACUCUACAAAACAUUCCCUGCCCAGCUGACAAUACUGGACUACGAAACUCUACGACACCAGGCCAACAGCAACUCUCGGGUCGUUCGACAAAACCUCUUCCUAACCUCGGAAUACUACCACAGUCUGAUGCUUCUCCAAGCUUCCGAGAAUCGAGAGCAAGGUGUCGAACCCAACGUCAAAGCAACUCUUGAAGCCGCACAUGAAGCGCUCGAUGCCUUCUUCAAGCUUUGGUUGAUGUUCGAGGUCGAAGCUGUUGUAUGGUGGGCAUUUCAGCAUCGCGCUUUCGAGGAAAGUCUGCUUCUAGCCAGGUUCCUCGCUAUUCCUCCACCGCCCGAAGCACAGUCUGAUCCUAUCUACUCAAAAGCCAAGGAGGAUAUUGCGAGAAUGUUGCAGAUCAUGGAGCGCUAUGGGAGCGACAUCGAAAUGCAUAAGACUCGGAAAGACGUUCUUCGCGAUGCGUAUCUGCAGAUUGUCGUGUGAGCGAAGAUGUUGUAUUCGAAGAUGCUCUCUCAAAACUGCUGGCAGAGCGUACUCGGACUCACGCAUCAGACUGCUCACUGCGGUGUCUCCACGCGUCUCGCCGAGACGAAAGAACAGAACAACCAUUUCAAGAGAAAGAUGGUGUCUAACCACUCUAUCCGCGAAAGACCUCGCAUGGCCAUGUCUCAGGCACGUUCCUGCUACAUAUCUUUGCACAGAAGGAAUCGGAGCGGCAGGGAGGCUGUAAUGAAUCU